CACUGAGAAAAUAUCACUCAAGAACAGCAAACUCAACUCUCUCUCUCUCUCAUUUCUUCAUCUAAACCCUAAAUUUUCAGUUUCGAUUUUCUGAGUUCGGUUUCUUUUGUAGCAAAUAAUGGAUUCGGUGGCCAAGAACGGAAAAUCGGUGACUCCAGUGAAAGAUCCGCAUGGUUCGAAAUCCAAGAUUCAUUCGUGCUCGGAGAAUUCAAACCCUAAUGUAUCUCAUUCAAGUCCUGGCCCAAAAUCUACCAGUUCUCCAUUAACCAAGUCGGCAAAAUCACAGAAAUCCGCGUCCAGGAAUCCUAAUCCGGCUCCUUAUUCUCCGAGAAACAAGAUCAGGGAGAGGAAAUUCGUUGUGGCAAAGAAGAAUUCGAAGAAAGUGAAAUCCGAGGCAAAUUCAGCAGUUGACUGCAAGUGCAAAGAGAGAUUUGGGGGUAAUAUGAAGAAGUGUCUGUGUGUGGCUUAUGAGACAUUGAGGGCAUCACAGGAGGAGUUCUUCAAGCGUCGGAAUGGUAUUGAAGAGAAUGAGGCGAUCUCAGAGAAGGCCUGUGACAGAGCUGGGAGUGAAGUUGUAGCGACGGAGAAGGGUUCAGUCACUCAAAAUUUUGAGAUUGACAGUGGAUAUAGAUUUGAUAAUCCUGAACCUUCAACUGAGGUUGAGCAGUUGAGUCAAACAGGUAGUUCUACAAUUAGGAGAAGAAGAGAUAAAUUGCUUGAGGAAGCAAGGAGUAGCGUGCCUGAAUCUGGGCAAGUGUCGAAUCUGGUCAAGGCCUUUGAGAAGCUUCUUUCAAUCCCAAAUUCAAAGGAAUCCGAUGAGAAGAAGGAGGAAGAGGAGCCAGAGGAGGACAGGAAGAAGCCAAUGAAAUGGGCACUACCAGGAUUGCAACCGCCUAAGGUAUCCGAGACACAGGUCAUGUCUUCGUCGUUUUGCCCAUCUGGGUUCAUCUUGACAUCAGAGAAUCUUGGUUUGGGCUCACGCGCUUCAGUAUCUACUUCAUGGGAUAGCAGCCAAGGAAGGGUCUCAAGAAGGAAUUCUAAUGGGGGCAUGAGAAGUCAAAGAAAUAGCUCUGAAUCCUGUGGAACAAUGGGUGGAAGAAGAUGGAAGAAAAAGCAGCUCAAAGCCACAUCCCAAAAGCCCUUCAAUUUGAGGACAGAGCAAAGGGGAAGAAUGAAGGAGGAGGAGUUUAUGAAGAAGUUGCAGGAAAUGAUGAUAGAGCAGGAGAGGCAGCGGAUUCCUAUUGCACAAGGCCUUCCAUGGACAACAGAUGAACCAGAGUGUCUAAUUAAACCUCAAGUGAAAGAAUGUACAAGGCCUGUUGACCUGAAGCUCCACAGCGACAUCCGAGCAGAGGAGCGUGCUGAAUUUGACCAUCAGGUUGCGGAGAAGAUGAGCCUUAUCGAGCAAUACAAGAUGGAAAGAGAGAGACAGCAAAAGUUGACAGAAGAGGAAGAAAUAAGAAGGUUGAGAAAGGAGCUCGUACCAAAAGCACAGCCCAUGCCUUAUUUUGACAGACCUUUUGUUCCUAGAAGGUCAGUGAAGCAUCCAACCAUUCCCAGUGAUCCAAAGUUUCACAUACCUCAACAUAAGAAAAUAAAGUGCUGCCUAUCAUGGAGUGACUUGAGUACCUUCACUUUCGAACAAUAGCUCAUCCAGGCAUCAACAUUCUUUUAGUAUUAAUCACUGAAUAAAUGUCAACAAUCCUUCUACUCUUCUUUGAUCUUUCCUCCCCAACCCUUCAAACUCUUGUUUUACAACAAUGUAUAUGAAGCAACCAAUUUGGUUGAAAUUUUCCUGGAAAUGGUUCUUUCUACUACUUGUGCAGUGCAUUCAACAUAUGGGGUUCUCAA